UUGCAUAUGCAUUUGGCGCUACGGCCCCUGUCUAUGCUAAUCACAGGGUCUGUGUGUGCCUGUGUGUGUGCGUGUGUGCGUGUGUGUGUGUGUGUGUUACUGGCUGCAGCGCAGCAGUGAGGAUAUGUAGCUUCCUGUGUGCUGCUGGGCAGCACAGGAUCUUUCUGCCGCAUGCCUCUUACCGCCACCAUUACGCAGAGGAAUUCCCUGCCGUCUCCGCUACCGCUGCUCACACAGAGUGCGAGUGUGUGUUAGGGAGAGAGAGAGAGAGAGAGAGAGAGAGAGAGAGAGAGAGGUGAAGAAGAGACAUUCAGCAAAGCAACACAGACAGAUAGAAGACCAAGCUGGAAUUCACAUGGGAUUUAACAUGGAAGAUAUGCGCCGUUUGUUCACGAGGAAAACGCUACGUUUAUGGGAUUUAUUGGUGACCUUUGUGCUCCCGGAUUGUGCACAUAUGUAAGAAGGAACACUGUGUAUUCAUGUGUGCGAGCGAGAGCGAGCGUGUGUGCGGGUGAUCGCGCGGUGCUGCGUGAGCGUUUCGUUCCCGAUGCGGUCAGAGCGGGCUAGCCGUGUGUGCAUCGUGGUGCUGGAAGAGGUAGAGGAGGAUGAACCUUCUUCUUCAUCCCCACCUCCUCUGCCCAAGUCAUCCCCAGACCGCAGAUCCCAUCAUGCCCCUCGAAGGGCUGCAGCUCAGGACGACAAGCCAUCUCUGUUAAGAGCGAUCUUCAACGUGGACCCAGAUGAAGUUCGCUCGCUCAUAUUCAAGAAGGAGGAUGUCAACAUUCAGGACAAUGAGAAGCGGACGCCGCUGCAUGCUGCGGCCUACCUCGGUGACGCUGAGAUCAUUGAACUACUCAUCCUCUCAGGAGCCCGAGUUAAUGCCAAAGACAACAAAUGGUUGACUCCUCUUCACCGAGCUGUGGCUUCUUGUAGUGAGGAUGCAGUGGCGGUGUUGCUGAAGCACAGUGCAGAUGUGAACGCCCGGGACAAGAACUGGCAGACGCCGCUCCAUGUGGCAGCUAGCAACAAGGCGGUGCGCUGUGCCGAGGCUUUGGUGCCGCUGCUGAGCAACGUCAACGUGUCUGACCGGGCAGGACGCACGGCCCUGCACCACGCUGCCUUCAGCGGACACGUGGAGAUGGUGAAGUUGCUGCUGUCCAGAGGAGCCAACAUUAAUGCAUUUGACAAGAAGGACAGGAGAGCUAUCCACUGGGCAGCCUACAUGGGUCACCUGGAAGUAGUGAAGUUACUGGUGGCCAGUGGAGCUGAGGUUGACUGUAAGGACAAGAAGGCGUACACACCACUCCAUGCGGCCGCCUCCAGCGGCAUGAGCAGCACAGUGCACUACCUUCUGGGCCUGGGGGUCCACGUGAACGAGGUGAAUGCCUAUGGAAACACGCCGCUGCAUUUAGCCUGUUACAACGGACAGGAUGUGGUGGUCGGCGAGCUCAUCGAGGCGGGGGCCAACGUCAACCAGGUGAAUGAGAGGGGUUUUUCUGCUCUCCACUUUGCUUCCUCGUCGCGUCAGGGGGCACUGUGCCAGGAGCUGCUGUUGGCCAACGGAGCUCACAUCAACUUGCAGAGUAAGGAUGGUAAGACUCCCCUCCACAUGGCAGCUACACAUGGACGGUUCUCCUGCUCCCAGGCCCUUAUUCAGAACGGAGCUGAGAUUGAUUGUGAAGACAGGAGCAGAAACACAGCCCUUCACAUCGCUGCUCGCUAUGGCCAUGAGCUCAUCAUCACAGCACUCAUCAAACACGGAGCCAACGCAGCCAAGAGAGGCAUUCACGGGAUGUUCCCCCUCCACCUGGCAGCUCUCAGCGGCUUCUCAGAUUGCUGCAGGAAGCUGCUGUCCUCAGGGUUCGCAGUAGACACCCCUGAUGACUUUGGAAGGACCUGUCUACACGCUGCUGCAGCUGGAGGAAACCUGGAGUGUCUGAACCUGCUGUUAAAUAUAGGAGCUGACUUCAACAGGAAAGACAACUUUGGAAGGGCUCCGCUACACUAUGCAUCCGCAAACUGCAACUACCAGUGCGUGUUUGCCUUGGUGGGCUCUGGAGCGAGCGUCAACGAGCUGGACCACAGAGGAUGCAGCCCCAUACACUACGCCGCUGCUGCUGACACUGAUGGAAAAUGUGUGGAGUACCUGCUGAGGAACGACGCUGAUCCAGGAGUGAGAGACAAACAGGGUUACAGUGCUGUCCACUAUGCCUCAGCGUACGGACGCACACUUUGCCUUGAACUGAUGGCAAGUGAGACUCCUCUUGAUGUGUUAAUGGAGACAUCGGGAACAGACAUGCUGAGUGACUCGCAGAGCCAAGCCCCAGUCAGUCCACUCCAUCUGGCGGCUUACCACGGACACUGCGGGGCCUUAGAGGUGCUCCUGUCGUCCCUUUUGGACGUGGACGUCCGCAGCCCAGAGGGACGGAGCCCUCUCAAUCUGGCCUGCUCCAGGGGUCAUCAGGAAUGCGUGUCCCUGCUUCUGCACCACGGCGCCUCACCCAUGACCUGUGACUACAUACACAAAAAGACAGCCUUACAUGCUGCAGCUAUGAACGGCCACCCAGAGUGCCUGCGCCUGCUCUUGAGCAACAACCAUCAACAAAUUAACGUGGACGCACAAGACAGCAACGGACAGACUCCUCUGAUGCUGGCGGUGCUCAGCGGACACACGGAGUGUGUGUACUCUCUGCUCAGUCAGGGAGCCAGUGUAGAGAAUCAGGACCGCUGGGGAAGGACAGCACUACACAGAGGGGCUGUGACGGGCCAGGAGGAUUGCGUGGAGGCUCUCCUGCAGCGGGGGAGCAGCGUGUGUGUGAAGGACAUCAGGGGCCGCUCCCCGCUGCACCUGGCGUCUGCCUGCGGCCGUGUGGGCGUCCUGGGUGCCCUGCUCCAAGCCAACAGCACCUCACAAACCCAGACACACCUCACCGACAGCCAGGGAUACACGCCGCUACACUGGGCUUGCUACAACGGGUAUGAUGCUUGUGUGGAGGUGUUGUUAGAUCAAGAGGUGUUCAGGAACAUCAAAGGCAACUCGUUCAGCCCGCUGCACUGUGCUGUUAUGAACGACAACGAGGGAGUGGCUGAGAUGCUGAUCGACUCCCUCGGUGCAGGCAUCGUCAACACCACUGACUCCAAGGGCAGGACCCCCCUUCAUGCUGCAGCUUUUUCUGACCACGUGGAGUGUGUUUCCCUCCUUCUGAGCCACGGAGCUCAGGCAAAUGUUGCGGACACACACACGCACAUGACGCCACUGAUGAUGGCAGCUCUAAACGGACAGACCAACGCUGUGGAAGUGCUGGUGAGCAGCGCCAAAGCAGACUUGGCACUGCAGGACACAAACAGGAACACAGCGUUACAUCUGGCUUGCAGCAAGGGUCAUGAGACGAGUGCCUUGUUGAUUCUGGAGAAAAUGAGCGACAGGAACCUCAUCAACUGCACCAACGCUGCUCUCCAGACACCCCUGCAUGUAGCAGCCAGGAAGGGCCUGACAGUGGUGGUCCAGGAGCUGCUGGGGAAAGGAGCCAGUGUGUUGGCAGUGGAUGAGAAUGGUUACACUCCAGCUCUAGCCUGCGCUCCCAAUCGCGAUGUAGCCGACUGCCUGGCCCUCAUCCUCAACUCCAUGAUGCCCACCUCCCCCAUGGUCACCAUAGCAGCUUUGCCCGCCCUCUCUCUCACUCAGACAGUCAUCAACCACCACCCCACCUCCAACCACAUCUCCAAAGGUGUGGCCUUUGAUACUCCACCGCCGCUGAGACCUGACCAUGCUUCCUACUGCAGGCCAGAGCGCCCGCUGUCCUCGGUCUCUGCGGACGAUGAACUGAAUGACUCGGAUUCAGAGACGUACUGAGGGACUAUCGGACAGAACCCCCCCCCCAACGCUGGCGGGCUAGCCAGCCACUCAGGAGCCUUAAUAGAUCACUGACAAGAGACUCAGAGGGAGAAAAUAGGGCAGAUUAUUUUUAGGUGAGCCUCUUCAACUCUAAAAAUAAACCAGAUGCUUGUUUCCUUAAGGUGCAUACCCACGUGGUAAAAUAUAAUGUACUAAAAUGUAAAUGAAUACAAAUCACGUUUUUUUUUUCGGAUCAGAUUUCAGUAUCACUGUACGGUCGGUAACUUGGCCACUGGUUAGUGUCUUUUUAAAUUUGAAGCAGUGUUGUUUUUCCUUUUUAAAUUAUACUCCUGUUAGCUGAUACUCGCUGGAAUGAUUUAAAGCGUUUUCACAGGUUUUCCCUCGUAUUUACUAGAAAAAACGUCUACUGGAGAAAAGCCCAAAACGGAGGGGGUGAAUCUUACGGGACCAGGUGAUUAAGUGUUUUCCCUUCUGUACUUGAAGUUUUUAUUCAGAGUUCUUCUUGGAGUGACCAUAGCGGACGCGGGUGACUGUCAAUCAAGGCCACGGGUGAUGCUUCACCGAUGAGGAGGAAUCACUUUUCAAUUCCUAGGAGAGAAAGAUGUUGAAUCCUGUGUAUUUAUUCAUAGUGGAGAUUGAAUCCUUGAUUCUGACAGCAGGUGGAUGUAAGACCCAUUUACUGUACAACUGCUUCUGGGGUCAGUUGACUGACGACCUGAAUGAGCGGCCCAACGAAUAGUUAACUAGCGAUGCUGUAACUACUUGAUGUCUGUGGUCUGUACUGGAGACAGAGGAACGUGACUGACACUGUGUGAAUAUAUGUACAUGUGUGUGUGUGAAUACGUGUGUCUGUGGGAGAGAGAAAUGAGAUAAUAUUGCCUUUUUAGGAUUAUGCAACUUUCAGGCAGAGGAUGAAUGCUACUUGGUGCAAUGUUUGUAAAGAGUUAAAUAAUAGAUGAAUAAAAACAAUUGUUUUUAUUUUAGUCUUUAUUCGACAGGA